AUGGGCAACCAGCCGAGCACACCGCUGCAAACCUGCCUCAACGCAAUCUGCGCCGGCCGCGCCGAAUGCGUAGCCUACCCCAGCACGCCGCUCUACCAGCUCGCGUGGGUCAAGCCCUUCAACCUCGAUGUCCCCGUAGAGCCAGUCGCCGUCAUCCGGCCGCAGUCGGCGCAGGAGGUCGCCGAGGCGGUGAAGUGCGCCGAGAGCGUGGGGGCUAAAGUGCAGGCUAAGUCGGGUGGUCAUUCCUAUGCCAACUACGGCCUCGGCGGUGAAGACGGCCACGUCGCCAUCGAUCUCGUGAAUCUCCAAAAUUUCGCCCUAGACCCUCAAACCUGGGAAGUCACCGCCGGAGCCGGCACGCGCCUCGGCGAGCUCGACAAGAGGAUGCACAACGCCGGCAACCGGGCCGUCGCCCACGGCGUCUGUCCCGGCGUGGGCAUCGGCGGACACGCGACCAUCGGCGGGCUCGGCCCCUCGAGCAGGAUGUGGGGGACUUGUCUGGACCAUGUUGUCGAGGUGGAAGUUGUUACUUCCGGGGGAAAUAUUGUGAGGGCGAAUGAGCAGGAGAACUCGGAUCUUUUCUGGGCCCUCCGCGGCGCCGGCGCUUCCUUCGGCAUCAUCACCGAAUUCAAACUCCGCACCCACCCAGAACCCGGCGCCGUCGUCCAAAACACCUACUCCUUCUCCUUCGGCCGCCACGCCGACAUGGCGCCCAUCUACGAAUCCUGGCAAGCCCUCAUCUCCGACCCCAACCUCGACCGCCGCUUCGCCUCCGAAUUCGUCGUGCAACCCCUCGGCAUCGUCAUCACCGCCACCUUCUUCGGCACCCAGGCCGAGUUCGCCGCCACGGGGAUUCCCGACCGCAUUCCCAGCGGCGGAAGCCUUAGCGGUGUUGUCAACGACUGGCUCGGUAGCCUCGUGCAUGAGGCUGGUAAUGAGGCGCUGUACCUCGGCGAUAUCCCCACGGCGUUUUAUAGCAAGGCUUUGGCUUUUGCGCCGGAGGAUCUGUUGGGUGGUGCUUCGAUUCGGGAUUUGUUUUCCUAUAUCGAUAGGACGGAUAAGGGUACUCUGCUCUGGUUCAUCAUCUUCGAUGCGUCGGGCGGCGCUGUGAACGACGUCCCGCUCGAUGCUACGGCGUAUCCGCACCGCGACAAGGUUCUGUACUAUCAGUCCUACGCCGUCGGUCUAGGCUCUCUGCCCGCGUCUACGAAGUCCUUCUUGGAGGGCGUUCACACGGAGAUCGAGAGGGGCGCCGGUGCGGGAGCGAAUUCUACGUAUGCGGGUUACGUCGAUCCAGCGAUUCCUAGGGCUCAGGCCGAGGCGGCGUAUUGGGAGGGGCAUGUGCCGAGGUUGAGGCAGAUCAAGGGGAUUUGGGAUCCCCAAGAUACAUUUUCGAACCCGCAGAGUGUGAGAGUGCAAGGGUAG